AUGAGGGGCGCCAUGACAUGGCGGAUGAGGGGCGACGUCUCGCCCCCCAACGGCCGCCAUGCAAGCGGCAGAAGGACCACCUGCAUGCAGAGCCAUUUGGCGGACAUGCAGAGAGAUUUGGGCGCGAGCGGCCAUCGGAUCCAGAUGGCACUCAUCGGACGGGGCAUUGCGUGGGACUGCCUGGACACCAAAAUGCGGACGCCCUUUGUGGAAGCGUACACCGUAGCAUUGGUGCGUCGGGGUGCGGUGAUUUGCAAUGAGACAGGCAGCGAGCAGCCACCAAAUGUGCAGCAGCUUGGGAUUGCUGCGGGCCUUGUCUUGCUGCACGUUAUCCUACUGGUUGCACCGAUUGUCUGUGUCCCGAUCCUUUACAAGGCCUUGCUUCAGGACAAAGUUGAAGGGGGUGUGAAGGCUCCCAGCAUCAUCUUUGCUGCUAUGGCGGUGUUCAGCGUCUCUUCCUUUGGCGAGAUUGGGCUUCACAUUCAGCAGCAGUGGGUGUAUUAUGGUCUGGCUCCGUCCUACUAUAGCGUGGUCUUCUAUAGCGGCCUUGUGUGGGGCCAGGCCCUGCUGGCUUGGGGCGUGGGGGGCUAUGACUCGCAAGUGCUUUGGGACCUCCUCUUCAGCGCUGCAGGCACAGCUGCAAUGAUCAGGGGAACUGCCCUAGCAAACGCAGUCCCUGACUCUAAUGCCUUUUGUGCGGCUAAGCUCCUCAACUUCACCCUCUCCUCCUGGAACCUCACGGCCAAUGCAGGCGACGGCGGAUUCUGUGGAUUCCUAGCCGUCCAAAUCUUCCUGUUCAUCAUGCUGGGGCUUACAACCGCCUCCUUCCUCCUCAAGGCAAACUCCAACCUGGCCUCUCCAAGCAAAUGGCUUUGGACCAUCCUGAUUAUCCUUGCAUACGUGGCGGGGAUUGUGUUUACCAUCGUCGUGGAAGUUACAGGAGAGCAAUGGUGGCACUUGCCAACAGCUCUAAGCUUUGUCUUUGGUUUCCUCUUCCAAGUUGCCUAUAUCCUCUCUGCAUAUACGGGCCAGAAGAAGAGUCCCCUCAAGGAAAACUGACUUUCAGACGGUCAAGGUGACAUAGACUCAUUCAAGGAUACUUGAAGUUAUCUUGGCCUAUAUAGAAGGACUUUUCCCAGUUGGAAUCAAUAGCGAGCAGAUGCCACUAUAAGCAAAGCCUUUCAAGACCCCGCCAUAUCUGAUAUAGCUACAGGGAGGUUCAUUUCAGCGUGUCAGUAUAGUAAGCUGAGCACUGACGGUCGAAGUUGACUUGUGUGUGUGUGGGUAGACACUAUAACUCAGAAAAUUUCUGGAUAGGAAUAUCCUAGCAAGCUCUGGGGCUGUUCUUACAUGUAUUCAUCUUUUUGAUCGUGCCAACUUUCAUUCACCU